GACAGUAAGAAAGGCUGAAUUCAGGACUAGGCUUGCGCUGUUGGGUGGAUGGGGACAGAGACCUAAGUCUUUUUCCUGGGUGUUGAGUGUGGAGAGCCAGAGAGGCAAGGACGGGGAAAGAUAGAAGAGCGCUUCUCGGUCCCUUUUUACUGACCGCCUGGAAACUCAGUGAGCUUUUCCUGGAGGAAAAGGCGCUGUGUUCAAGGGCGCACACUGCGCCUUAGCGGCCCGCGCGUCGCCAGGUGGGCAGCUCCUGCACACAGGAGGAAGGGGAAGUUACCUUCCCCUCGGAAGAGGGCGCUGGCUCCCCCAUCCUGCCUUUAUAAUAAGGCCGCGGGAGGAGAGGAAGCCACCAGCCGCAGUCUGCGCUUUGCAAAGCAUGCAGUUAGGGGAGCAGCUCUUGGUGAGCUCGGUAAACCUGCCCGGCGCGCACUUCUACCCUCUGGAGAGCGCGCGGGGCGGCGCCGGCGCAGGCGGCGGUGGCGGGAGCGCGGGUCACCUGCCCGGUGCUGCCCCCUCGCCUCAGAGGCUGGACAAAGCUCCCAAGAAGUUCUCGGGCAGCCUCUCCUGCGAAGCAGGGAGCGGGGAACCCGCAGCCGCCAGCGCGGGGACCCCCGCUGCCAUGCUCAGUGACGCGGACGCCGGGGACGCCUUCUCCAGCGCCGCGGCAGUGGCCAAGCCGGGGCCCCCGGACGGCCGCAAGGGCUCCCCCUGCGGGGAGGAGGAGCUGCCCUCCGCCGCCGCCGCGGCCGCCGCUGCAGCCGCCGCGGCCGCCGCCGCCAGCGCGCGCUACUCCAUGGACAGCCUGAGCUCCGAGCGCUACUACCUCCAGUCCCCCGGGCCCCAGGCCUCCGACCUGGCGGCGCCCUGCUCGCUCUUCCCGUACCAGGCGGCGGCCGGGGCGCCCCACGGAUCUGUGUACCCCACUCCCAACGGGGCGCGCUACCCCUACGGCUCCAUGCUGCCCCCCGGCGGCUUCCCGGCGGCGGUGUGCCCACCCGGGAGGCCGCAGUUCGGCCCCGGAGCGGGCGCGGGUAGCGGCGCGAGCGGCGGCGCGGGCGGCGGCCCCGGCGCCUAUCAGUACAGCCAGGGGGCCCCGCUGUAUGGACCGUAUCCCGGGGCCGCGAGCGCCGGCUCUUGCGGAGGACUGGGCGGCCUCGGGGUUCCCGGCUCCGGCUUUCGCGCCCACGUCUACCUGUGCAACCGGCCUCUCUGGCUCAAAUUCCACCGCCACCAAACCGAGAUGAUCAUCACCAAACAGGGCAGGCGAAUGUUUCCUUUCUUGAGCUUCAACAUAAACGGACUCAAUCCCACCGCCCACUACAACGUAUUCGUGGAGGUGGUGCUGGCAGACCCCAACCACUGGCGCUUCCAGGGGGGCAAGUGGGUGACCUGUGGCAAAGCUGACAAUAACAUGCAGGGCAACAAAAUGUAUGUUCACCCAGAGUCUCCUAAUACUGGCUCCCACUGGAUGAGACAGGAGAUUUCCUUUGGGAAAUUGAAACUCACCAAUAACAAAGGCGCAAAUAACAAUAACACCCAGAUGAUAGUCUUACAGUCUUUGCACAAAUACCAACCACGACUCCACAUUGUUGAAGUUACAGAAGAUGGAGUGGAGGACUUAAAUGAACCUUCAAAGACUCAGACAUUUACCUUCUCAGAAACUCAGUUCAUUGCAGUGACUGCCUACCAAAACACAGAUAUUACGCAACUAAAGAUUGAUCAUAACCCCUUUGCCAAAGGCUUCAGGGACAACUAUGAUUCCAUGUACACCGCUUCAGAAAAUGACAGGUUAACUCCAUCUCCCACGGAUUCUCCUAGAUCCCAUCAGAUUGUCCCUGGAGGUCGGUACGGAGUUCAGUCCUUCUUUCCGGAGCCCUUUGUCAACACUUUACCUCAAGCUCGAUAUUAUAAUGGCGAGAGAACCGUGCCACAGACCAAUGGCCUCCUUUCACCCCAACAGAGUGAAGAGGUGGCCAACCCUCCCCAGCGGUGGCUUGUCACACCUGUCCAGCAAGCUGGGGCCAACAAAUUAGACAUUGGUUCUUAUGAGUCUGAAUAUACUUCCAGCACCUUGCUUCCGUAUGGUAUUAAGUCCUUGCCCCUCCAGACAUCUCAUGCUCUGGGUUAUUACCCUGACCCAACCUUCCCUGCAAUGGCAGGGUGGGGCAGUCGAGGCUCUUAUCAGAGGAAGAUGGCGGCUGGACUCCCUUGGGCCUCCAGAACAAGCCCCCCUGUAUUUUCUGAAGAUCAACUCUCUAAGGAGAAAGUCAAAGAAGAAAUGAGCUCUUCUUGGAUAGAGACCCCUCCUUCCAUCAAGUCUCUGGAUUCCAAUGAUUCAGGGGUGUACACCAGUGCUUGUAAGCGAAGGCGGCUGUCUCCUAGCACCUCUAGCAAUGAAAAUUCUCCCUCUAUAAAGUGUGAGGACAUUAAUUCGGAAGAAUACAGUAAAGACACCUCAAAAGGCAUGGGAGGGUACUAUGCUUUUUACACAACUCCCUAGAGAGUUAUUUUAACCUCAAAAAAGUGAGCUAAUGUAUUGCAGAUGGAUGUGGUGAUGUUUUUUUCUGUUUUGUUUUUGUUGUUGUUGUUGUCUUCUUUGCCUAGGUUGCCAAAAAGACAUUCACCUUCCACCUUGAUGCAUCCCAUUUUGUGCAAUUCUCUAAAAGAAGGUGCCAAAGCUUUUUGAUUGCUGCAGGUAACGGAAAUGAACCUAGCAUUUUUUUUCUUUUUAAAAAUAAAUGAAGGACUUUAUGUAUUUUACCAUUUAAAAGUUGUUCGUGAUUCUGGAUUUAUUUAUUGGAGACACUAAACAUUCUCAGAAUCAGGCUGUUGAAGGUCAAGUACUUAGCACUAUCAAAUGAAUGAAAAAACUUUGGUUCUCAUUUCUAUUUGUAGAUCUGUAUGCUAAUAGAAUCCUUGAGUUUUAAGUAACAGUCUCUGACUUCUGGAACAGAAGGGCUGUGCCUUAAGCUUCAGGGAGACUUUACCUUCUUCUAAGGACAAAAUAUGUUAGGCCUGGGAGGCAAGAUAAACUUUUGUGAAGGUUCUGGUUUUACCUGAAUUUGAUUUCUCCCUGGAUUUUGAAACAAGCCAUGUUGAGCCCUUGUACAGGAUUGCCUCAUCUGCUAGGCCUCUGCUGUAUGUAGGCCUGGCUGGGAGCACUCAGUAGAGGUCAAGGGAGAGAGUCACCCAGGAGAAGAGAGAAAGAGAAAGAGAGUGGGGAAAAAAGUGAGAGAAUUUUAAUGUAUACAGUCGUGUGUGCUUAGAUACACUAUAGAAUAACAUGGAAUAUAUUGUAAAAAAAAAAAAUAGCCUAACUAGGUGUCUGAGGUUGUGUAAACUUGGUGCUUUGGCUUUGUAAAGAAUUUGCAAAUCACCUAACAACAGCUGCAGGGGCAGGGAGAUAGUUUCUCUUAUCCUCCCCACCAUAUUCGAGAAUAUUCUGUUUACUUCUUAGGUAGUUAAGAAUGUACUCAGCUACUCUGUACUAACUUGAACUGUGUUUAAGGUAAACUCCUGUUUCCUCCUCCUUAGCCACCUCUGCGUGCCCCCCCAUACCCAAAUUGGUAAUGUGAAGAAACCACGACCUGAUCCCACAGCUCCUAUAAGCUUUUUAGAGACCUUGGAUUUUUAUGUACAGUCUUAGUCCUUUUUAAUAAAUGUGGUUCAUGAAGGGAA